GAGCCACCCAACCAACGCUAUAUCUGUUGCUUUUGCUACUACUUUGGUCCAUGAAUACACAAUUCUCCUGGUCGUCAUCCUCCUCGCCGACCACCCAAAGCCCCUGGCGCCCGUCUGGGAACAACCUCUUCGGAACAGCCUCAGUGGCUGGCCCAUCCGUCCCAAGAACAUACGCUCCCCUUCCGAAAGGAUACUUUGCUUUUGCCUCGCCCCAACCCUCUCAGUCUCUCAGCCAGCCGUCCCUGCUGGCACCACCGGACCCCGAACCUGAAAACUACGCCAAACUUCGCGAACGCCGGUCGCGGGAGCGCGCCGAGCGCGCUCAGCAGCAUGAAGAGGCGCGUCGAGCUCGAAUUGCGCUGGAAAACGCGAUCGCCGCCGAGAACGAGCGCGAGUGGGUCCGUUCGGGAGGCGUGCUGCGUGACGCGCAAGGGCGUCGGGACUACGCGCGGACGGAGCGGAUCCGCGCCGAGUUGAAGAAGGAGGCGGAGGAGAAGGAGCUGUUGCUCAGAUGGGAGCGGUAUGAGAGCAAGUGGAAGGAGCUGCUCGCCGGCGGAGGCAGCGUACGGUUCAGCGAUAUACCGUGGCCGGUCCCUGCGGCACACGAGGAACUGGCUACACCGAAAGGUCCCUCGCGCGCUACAUCCGCGGUGAACACAAACCUGGCCAUUCGGCAACAGCUGUCCGAUCCUCAGGUCAUCAAAGAUUUCCUAUUCUCUCCCCUAAGUGUGCGCGAAAAUCUUCUCGGCGCUGGCAAACGGAUGACGAAACGCGACCGCAUCAGGCGCGAGAUGCUGCACUGGCACCCUGACAAGCUAGGGUCCAUCAUGUCUCGCGUUGCAGAGGAGGACGAGGUCGACGUCCGCGAAGGCAUCGCGGCAGUGUUCAUGCAGCUGAAGUCGCUUCAAGAUGAAGAGAAGGACGCCGCCAGCUAGGCGUCUCUCCGUGAGCUGCAGAAGACGAGAUUGAAAGAAACCGAGCUUCUGACGCCAACGGUACCAGUACUUGCCGAUGCACCAUGGACUGCAUGGAUACGUGCGGAUGGUUUAGGAGCCUGCUUACGGUUGUACAAGUACAGUCUAAGGAUGUUGAUAAGUAUUUCGUGCCAUUUCACCUUGCACACAGUGUCACGUGACCACAAUGAACCUACU